AUGGCCGACGAUACCGCCACAACUGAAGAUGCGCCCAUCACUUUCACGAUCAAAUCCUCUAAUGACGCUAAAUAUACUUUCACUCUCCCCUUGUCUACUCAGGUCGUGGAGCUGAAACGGAAGCUUUCGGCUCCAGAGUAUGCCGACACUCCAGCGGAGCGUCAGCGGUUGAUUUACUCUGGCAGAGUGCUCAAAGAUAAUGAGACUCUGGCGACAUACAAGAUCAAAGAAGGCCACACGAUUCACUUGGUGAAGAGCGCCGCUAGCAAUCAGAGACAGGCUGGAGCGACUCAGAGUGCAUCUACAUCUGCACCUACUGGUGCUUCGACCACACCUGCUCCCAGCGGAGUCCCAACAAAUCUUGCUGCUGGUACGGGCAAUAACCCGCUCGCAGGCUUGACUGGUGCUAGAUACGCUGGAUUCGCUCAGCUUCCAGGUGCUGGCAUGUUCGGUCCUGAUGGCGGAAUGGGCCCCCCUCCUGACGCCGAGUCCAUGCUCAAUAUGCUCGAAAACCCCCAGUUCCAGUCGACCAUCAACGAAGCUUUGCAGAACCCCGCCAUGAUCGACAUGAUGAUCCAACAAAAUCCCAUGCUCCGCGAUAUGGGUCCUGGAGUGCGGCAGAUGAUGCAAAGUCCCGAAUUUCGUCGUAUGCUGACCGACCCGAGUUCCAUUCGCCAGAUGCUGCAGAUGCAGAGGGCAUUCGGUGGCGGUGGUGCUGGAGGUUUGGGUGGGGGUAGUGCGUUCCCAGCCCCGGGAGUCACCAAUACGACGCCCGAGGAGAGUAGAGAUACGCAGAACACCAACAAUACGGAUGCUGCCGGGACAGGCGCGCCUCUUUUUAACCCAUUUGCUCCUCCUGCUCUGGGAGCUGGAAACCCCUUUGCCGCUCUUUUCGGUGGAAAUGGCCCUAACUUCGGCGCCAACCCUUCGAGUGCAGCGACUACGGCAGGUGGCGACCAGGCUCAAGGAACGCAAGGAGCAACAGGUAGCGCCGCCGCUGGAAGCACAACUACUGGAGAAGGUCAGAACCAGCAGAAUCUCCAGAACCCUUUCAGUUUCUUGAUGAACCCCGCUAUGUUUGGAGGAGCAGGUCCACAGGGUGGCCAGGCUGGCUCAAACCCGUUCAACCCGCAGCAGAACCCUUUCCUCAGAGACCCCGCGCUUUUGUCGCAAAUGAUGCAGGCCAUGGGAGCCCAAGGGGGUGAAGGAGGCGCGGCUGGAGCCAAUCCACUGGCGGCCCUCUUAGGAGGCGGUGGGUUCGGCACACCCCCACCACAAGACAAUCGGCCACCUGAGGAACGAUAUGCCGAACAGCUUCGACAACUGAAUGAUAUGGGCUUCUUUGAAUUCGAACGGAAUGUGGAGGCACUGCGACGCUCUGGCGGCAGCGUUCAGGGCGCCAUUGAAUAUCUUCUGAGCCAUCCCUCGUAA